UUAAAUAAAUGGAGGGAGUUAAUAUUCAGAGGAGACGUGGAGCCUGAAGCCAAGCCCCGCCCAGAAGAGUGUUGACAGAAUAUGCUGGUGCGCCGGGACGCUCCACCACCAGUCAGACGAGACCAGUGAAGCUUUGCGGUCAGCUCUUGCGGACUUGCACUCUCUCGCCUCUGUCUCAGUGGCACGUAGACCAAAGACAGCUGCUCUGACCCGCCAUUCAUUCAGUGCUCGCGAUGGCGCCCCAAGCCCCAGACCAAGACCUGAAGGACGACUUGCUAGAGGGUGAAGAGGAGCACCACGAUGUGCUGGAGGUGCGAGAAAUUAACAUUGACUUUCGAAAAAUACUCUCCGACCUGCGAAAUCUGGACUGGUCGAAGGUGGUCUGGAAAAACGUGAUACUCUUCUUUUUGCUUCACUUAUACAGCGUGUACGGACUGUACGAGGCGAUCUUCGUGGCGAAGUGGAAAACCCUCGCGUUCAGUGUGGUGCUUUACUUCAUGGCCGCGCUGGGGAUCACCAUGGGAGCGCACCGGCUAUGGUCUCACCGCUCCUUCAAGGCUACGUUGCCCCUGCGUAUAAUUCUCGGUGUGUGUCAGACCAUAGCCUUUCAAAACGACAUCUACGAGUGGGCGAGGGACCAUCGCGUGCAUCACAAGUACAGCGAGACAGACGCCGACCCGCACAAUGCACGACGCGGCUUUUUCUUCUCUCACAUGGGCUGGCUGAUGUACCGCAAGCACCCGAGUGUCAUCGAUAAGGGCCGCCGCCUCGACCUGUCUGACCUGGAGAAAGACAUUGUGGUGAUGCUGCAGCGUAAGUACUACCUGCCACUGGUGGUGACCAUGUGCUUCGUGCUGCCCACCGUCAUUCCUUGGAUGAUGUGGGAUGAGCACCUCAUCACGUCACUCAUGGUGGCUGGUUUCCUGCGCUACACACUCGUGCUGCACGUCACCUGGUUCGUCAACUCCCUGGCACACUGGGUGGGCAGCAAACCCUUCGACAAGAACAUCUACCCCUCGCAGAACCCCGUGGUGGCUUACCUGUCCCUGGGGGAGGGCUGGCACAACUACCAUCACGUCUUUCCUUGGGAUUACCGCACGGCUGAGUUCGGCGGGCUCAUUAACUACAACAUCACCAGCCUGGCCAUCGACCUGUGCAGCAAGGUGGGCCUGGCGUAUGACCUCAGGACAGUCACGCCGGAAAUGAUCGACAGACGCAUCAACCGCACCGGCGAUCCGUCCUAUGUUCCAGUGUACGCCAAGACCAAGACCAAGUAGAGCCCCGCUCCGCCCCGCCACGCCCCGCCACGACCCACCACGCAACGCCACACCUUCCUUCUCUCCACCACCGCCCCGCCCCGCCCCACGCCCCGCACCCUUCACAUGCACAAUAAUCUUCUAGAACGUAAGGCGGUAUGAGUGUGUCUCUUGAAGUAACUUAAAAAAAAAAAUAAUCGAUUCCUUGCAAAACUGAGAUGAUUUAAUAUAAAGAUGAUGAAUUCCAUAUUUGCUCCUCACAGCUAGAUGAUAUAACUGUUAAAGGAAUGAAUGGUUCUUGUACGGUACGUAUUAUAUAUAUACAUAUAUAUUUAUAUAUUAUAUAUAUAAUCCAUUGCCUUCUAUAUUUACAAAGUUAUGAAAGUUGAUGCAGUGAUAAACGUACAUCAAUACUAUACAUAAAAAUAGCUGUCAAAGGAAUACAUAGGGACCGAAGUAUUUUUUACCUAUGAGAACUGCUGAUAUGAAGUAUACAUAGAAGAAGUAUUAGUACAUGUUCUGAAUGUCUUAGCCACACGUCAAAGCCUCCUCAUACAUAUACAUUUAUUUAGUUUACAUGUAUAUCAACACACCAAGGAACUACACCUCAAAACAAACCGCCGCACUCGUGCAGAAGUAGUCUCGAAACAUCAUGGAGCUUCGGAACACCUGAACACUUAAAAAAAAAAAAAAAAAAAGGGGGAAAAACACUUGGCAACACUCGAGACUGUGGUUCCUUGGCCUCCCUUGCGGUGCGUGCGUGAGGUGUGCUGACUUGUUGCACCUGGGAGAACACACUGAUAUCUAGACCCUGUGUUGAUGCUGCGGAGUGUGGAGUGAAGGUCCCUUAUCACUUCCAAUUGCUGCAAAAGGAAGGUAGUCAUUCAUUUUUAUGUUCAUUGUAUCGUGUUGCGUUGUGUUGCUCUUAAGACAACACAGUGUUAUCUCUACCCUGGUGUUGAUGGUGCAAGGUAAAAAUGAAGACCUUUUAUUCAGAAAUGUUGCAAAGGAAGGUAGUCAGUCUUAUCUUCAUUGAAUCUUGUUGCGUUGUGUUGCUCUUAACCCAACACAGUGUUACCUAUACCCUGGUGUUGAUGCAAGUAAAGUGAAGGCUUGUCACUCAGAUGUUGCAGGGGAAGGUAGUCAGUCACUGUUUGUUUUCCUGGGUUUGUGUUGGGCUGUGUUGCUCCUGGUAAGUUCUCGUGUCAACAACUAACUCUACACACGAAGAUUAUUGCAUGUAUGCACCUGUAAUUCUCCCACAAGAUAAAUUGCUUCGAUCUUACCUUAUAUAAUAUUACCCUAUUUAACCUUCCCUUGCCUUACCUCAUCUUACCUACCCUACCUAACCUUAACCUUAUCUAACCUUACCCUGCCUAACCUUGUCUAACCUUACCCUGCCUAACCUUGUCUAACCUUACCCUGCCUAACCUUGUCUAACCUUACCCUGCUUAACCUUGUCUAACCUUACCCUGCCUAACUAUACCUUAACUAACCUUACCUUACCCUACCUUACCUACUCUAUCCUAAUCUUAGGGUAAAAAAAAAAGCUAAUUUAUCAUGUUGGAAACUACUUAGGGAGAAUUUUUAUGGUGCAAUGUUCAUGGAAAGAGAUAUUAGUCGAGGGAGAGCUUAUAGUACACACCCAAGAAGACAGCCAGUCACUCCUGCCGCCCUCGGUGUUACUUAAAUUCUGGUUGUGUUGAGGUUGGGUUCACUAAAUGGCGGUGCUGUUUCCCUAAGCAUCACUUUACUUUCCCCCCCUUUUUUUUAUUAUUAUUUUGAGUUUGUGUUUUUCUGGGUUAUAAGUGAUAAAUAAGUGAUAAUAUUUAACUUUUAUGUACUUUUUUGUACUAAUAUACUGCAUCUUUUUUUUUCUGUAAACGUUCUUGACUUUAAUAUUUAGUUUCGUUUAUCGCUAUCAUGUUAUUUGUUUCUAUUUACUAUUAUUUGUCUUUUAUUUGUACUUCCCUCAUUUCAUCAGUAUAUUUAUUUUGUCCUGACUGACUGACGGAAGAGAAUUUGAGUUCCUUAAGUUUAAAUUUACCUGGGCAGCGUGAGUAAAAUUAAUUAGUCACGUGUUACUGACCUUCACGAGGACCGCAGAAGCAAGGUCCGUCACUCUAGUCAUUGCCGAGCGCGUAAGACUCCCAGCACACGUGUUUCCCUCCCCUUGCCCAGACCAACCCCCUGGCCUUCACGUGUGUCCCUCCACCACAGAACAACCCUCUUACCUCGACGUGUUUCCCUCUCUUCGCCCAAAAUAGUCCUCCUUUUUCCUCCACGUGUUCCCCCCCCCCCCAUCAGUUAGCCCUCCUUUUCCUCCUCGUGUUUCCCUCCCUCUAACUAACCCUCCCUUUCCUCCACGUUCUCCACAGACCAGCUCUUUCCCCCACGUACUCUACCCCGUCUACCCCUCCCUUUACCUCCUUCUCAAAACUUUUUUCUCAUCACUCCAUCACUUCCUCUUCCCCAGUUCCUCUCCUAUCACAGUCUUCCCCUUUCCUUCCCAGAGUUCUCACGCAUCCUCCUUCGCUCCCCUUCCCAUCAGGCAACUUUUUAAAGCUCACUUCUCCAUCCCUCUCUCUCUUUCCCUUUUCCUCAACAGUACUGAGUGCCUUUCCUAUUGUCCAGUCUCUCCUUCAGGUCUCCCACAGGUCCUAACAAACUCCUUUCCCUUAUCUCAGGUCUUCAGGUCCUCCUCAGUCCCUUUCUCAACCGACACAUUUCCUUCUUCCCUCCUGGUCAAGUCUUCCCUUCAUUCUCCUUUCCCGUCCCAUAUUUUCUUGAUUAUUCCGAUUAUCCUUCUCACGUGUUAUCGCUUCCUCCUCUCUUUCUUCCUUCAGUACCUCCUUUUUUCCCUUGAAUUUCAUCCUUUACUCCUUUUUUCUUUCUUUUCACUAACUUUCACUUUCCUUAAUUUUUCCCUCCAUUUCAAUCCCUCUUUUCUUCUUUCUCACGUUUAUUCCUAUUUCCAUCCCCUUUUCCUUUCCUUUCUGUUCCCUUUGUCAUUUUUCCCAUGUCCCGUUCUUAUAUUCCCUCCCUUCCUUCCUCCCUCUGUCAUGACCAGCUCUUCCCUCCUCUCUCUCCCCGUCCAUUACAUGUCCAGCGGGAAAAGAAAGGCCAAGAAAAUAGUUAGCGUGCAUUCACUUUCACGCCACGAUGAGUCUGUGACCGCAACACGUCGCCAACAAGUUGAUUACAGCUGUUUUCUGGCAAAGUACAGGUGUGUUUCUCCGCUUCAGUACCUUCCCAUCUUUCCCUGUCGAGUACUUUCACCAGCCUCCCUCUCUGUAUGCCUCUAUCCUCCCCUGUAAUUGUUUUUACCUGUUUUACCUGAGUUUACCUGGGGUUCCCUAUCUUGUUUACCUGUACCUCUUCACUUUCACUGUCAUUUAUUCCUUAUUAUCUUUUGUAUUCCCUUGUUCAAUUUGUUUUUCUAUCAUGUUUUUACCUUUGUUUACCUGAUGUUUCUUAUUUGUCUCCUUUGCUUUCACUUGUCUAUUUAUUUUUGUAUCCCCUUCAUUAUUUUGCUUCUGUCCUGUUUUCUAUCUUUUUCUUACCAAUGCUUUCGACUUUCGUCUCUCCGUCUCAUUUUCCCUUUAAUAUCUUGGAUCCUGUACGAUAAACACGUUAAAGGCCCUUUCUGUGCUCCCUUUGUCUCCUAUUUUCUCUUUAACGUCACGCUAAUUUAUCGAUUUCUAUACCCUCCUCUCCUUAUCUCACCCCUUUAACUUCAUCCUCCCUCCUCGUCCGUUAUACCAGUAAAAUCCUCUUCUAUGCUCCCUUCAUCUCCCUUAUCUCAUCCCGUUAUCUCCCCCUUCAUCCCGUCCCUCCUUCAGUUUCUCCUCCUCCCUAACACGCUGCUGGGGUUUCUGUGAGGCUCGCGGCGGAGGCGUCACCAAGGAGUCACGCUGGUUUGUUUAUUUAGUCAGCUGAUUGUGGCGCCGUCCUCCCACCCGCCUCACUUAUUAUUCCUCUUAAAUUAUGACUUGUUUUGGACGUGUGUUUUUGUGUUUCGGUGUUUGAUAACUUGUAUAAAAAAAAAAGAAGCUUAGGAAAGGUGGUGUAUUAUUGUGUAUUUAUAUAUCUUAACUAGUGCUGCAGCCUUUCAUUAUAUAUCAUUAUUAUAUAUACAUGUUUGUGAAGCACUAUCGUUGUCAGUAUAGUCAUUAUAAACCUGCGUAUUAUACCGACACAAGUAAUGAAGGAACACCUGUAGAUUCGCUAACCUGUAGUGAAGGGGAUUUGCUAAGUUAAUCUAAUUCUAUUUUAACCUAACCUUACUAAAUCAAAACUACGUAGCAACAUUAACUCGUAUUUAACUUAACCUCCUAAACUUGGCUAAUUGUGUAAAGGUUCAACGAAGGGAAGUUAGUAAGGUUAGGCGGGUGUUACGUAGUGUUAGAUUUAGGUUUACGAAUUCCCUGCACUGAGGCAUCGAGUCUUGAGGUGGUCCGUGAAGAACAAUGACUGUGGUUCACUAUGGGUUCUGUUGAGACGUGGAGUGUGCUGGCUGUACUUUUGUUGCCCGGAGCUGCCCACCUGUCAUGCCUAUCUACUUCUUCACCUGAGCCAAGCAGAGAUGAAGUACUCGUGGUAACUAAGGAGGUGCUGGCGUCCCCGUGUUAACGUGGCCAUGCAAAUUGAUUGUAGGUGUGAAAUGUUUGGUUUUGUUAUUGAAUUCUUGAUUUGUUUCCAUACCUUGGCCAAGAGCACGUGAUUGUAAGGUUUCCCCACCCUCAGCAACAGCUGGCUAUGCAUGCUGAUUGAAGAAGGUAAAAAAAUGUCUUUUAGCCUUGUGGUUUUGUUAAUGAAUUCAUGUCUUGUUUCCUUGCUUCGAGUGCACGUGAUGCAUAAGAAACUUCUCCCACUCUUCAGUUACACGUGCCCAUGCAUACUGACUGAAGGUGUAGAAUAUCUUAUGAUUUUAGUAAAGAAUUCUUGCUAUGUUUCCAUAUCCGGGCCAAACAGAUGAAGUACUCGUGUUAAAUAAGGUGCUGUCAUCUUCCUCUCAUACUUCCCUUUGUUUAUAAAGUGUCCAAGUUAUUAUUUUGAUAAUUGACUAUAUUUGUGUUGUGUUUGUGUAAUGCGGAGGUGCUCUUACCUUUGUUUUACCUGCCGUUGUGUUAAGGAAGGUAUGAUUUGUGUUAGUUACGUUUUGAUUACUGAUUGGGCUUUGUGUUAUGUUUAGGAUUAUAAUGGUUACAUAUCCGAUGUAUCAAUUCUCUUUUAGUUUCCUGAUAUUUAGGUCAAACUGACAUCCUAUUGCAUCACUUAGAAAUUCUGUGUUAUAAUUAAGGUCACGUGAUUGGUGUUCAUACAUGUAUUUUUUAUUCCCUACACCUGAAAACGUGACAGAUGGUUUAUUUUUCGUAUCAGGACUUAAGUUGUUUAGUUGUAAUGUGUUUUCACCUCUAUACCUGGACACUCGUUCUGUGUGUAUGGCCAGAUGUGUAUGGCCUCUAUAUUAAGAGUUUCAUUUCUUUGUGUUGGCCACCCGUUCUAUACCUGGAGUCAUUUGCACCAUAUGUCAUCCUGUAUUCUGGCCACCUUCAUACCUGGACUCCGUUAUACCUGUAAUGUUUUUGGCUUCCUCUGUAUUAGGAGUCUUGUAUUUCUGUAUUAUGUAUUGGCCAUGUGUUCUAUACCUGGACUUAGCAUACUUGUAUUCUGGCCACCUUUAUACACAGACUCCGUUAUAAUAUCUGUAAUGUGUGUGUAGCUUCCUCUGUACGUGAAUAUUUUCCUUGUAUACCAUCUCUUGUUUUCCUUAUAUAUGAUCUCCUGUUUUGGUAAUUUAUAUAAAGGCAAUCUUUUCCUUCCCCGUCAUUGCAUUAGUUCUGUUCCUUCUCUUCUUGUGUGUGUCUGGCCAGCUGUCGGUAUACUAGCUCUUGUUCAGGUAAUUUAUAUCAAGACAUUCUAUUCCUUUCUCUAUAAGGGUGUGUCCUAUCAUCGAUCCUGUUCCUCCUCUGUGUGUGUGUGUUUGGCCAGCUGUCAGAAUACCAGCUUUUCUUUUGGCCAUUCAUAACAGGGCACCGUUUGUCUAGUUUAUUCUCUGUGUCUGGAGUAGAGCGCACCACACCACGUUCAGGAUCUCCAUAGCACCACUGUAUGCUAAGUGAUAAGGAGAUGAUGGUGAUGAUGUUCCAUAAUAACCCCACAAGAAGAUGCUUUAUUUUUACUGGAUUCGUGUAUAUACUUCUUAUAUAAUGAAGCUUGCCCAAUGAUUUUUUUUUUAAUUUUUGUUAUGUAUAUUUUACUCCAUUUUCCGGUUGUGAACAAGAUGAUGAUGAUGGUUGAAGUAUAACACUAUGUAUUCGGUUCUUGAGUAUUAUUACUACAAGCCCUGUGUGUGUGUGUGUGUGUGUGUGUGUGUGUUUGUGUUUGUGUGUGUGCGUGCCUAUGUGCGUACGUGUAGGUGUGGUGAUGUUGCAAUGCUUCUUGAUCAGUUCCUGGACAUCCGUCACCUCGGCGUGCACUCUGUCCCGUUUCAAGGUGACUGUAACAAGGACCCCUAGCCAUACCUGACCCUCAGUGUAGAGCCACUUGAAUACCAACACCUGGACACUUCCCGUAGCGACUCGUCAUUCACUGCUUGGUUGUAUAAAGGACCGUAUUCUGAAACACUUCUGGCCGCACCUCCACUACUUUCAAAAAGCUCUAGUUGAAGUGACAAGUUUUAAGGGUGUUUUUACGGUUCUAGUGACAGAUUAAGAUGAUUUCUACAUUAUUAACAGGAAAAUACUCUUGAUAACCCGGCUGACCAUCUCUGUGGCCUUUGAAAAUGGUCGUGGUGAGAGAGCAAAGCAUUUCUGAAUACGGGAGUCACACAGUCACACACACCAACACACAAGGAUCUUCCCCCUGUUCCUCCUCCUCCUCUUCCUUCUCCCCUUAGCUGCUGGUUAUAUCAUGUUUACAGUUACUGAUAAGCGUAUUGUAGUAGGACAAAAAGGAAGUUUAAAGUAAUUUACCAAGAAUCUUCUGUGAUAUGUACCACAAUGCAAACUUUUUAGGGAGAGGAAAGGCGUCAUUAUUAUUAUUAUCAUUAUACCAAGCUGGAUCCAGUCUGGUUAUUCCACGUCUUGCCAUCACUACUGCUACUAAAAUUACCACUGUCACUUCUAAUAUUUCACAAGUAUCAGAUUACACACACACAUUCUCUCUCUCUCUCUCUCUCUCUCUCUCUCUCUCUCUCUCUCUCUCUCUCUCUCUCUCUCUCUCUCUCUCUCUCAC